AGAAAAAAGAGACCAACGGACAAGAAUAUGCCAGCUAAAGUUGAAUCCUUCGUUCCAGAAGCGAAAUUGUAUACAGAUUUAAUUGAAUUUGAAAAGAAGCUAGAUGCUACCAUUAUGAGAAAAAGACUUGACAUACAAGAAGCUUUAGGAAAGCCAACGAAGGUGCAUAGAACACUUCGUUUAUUUAUUUCAAACACGGCAAACGAUCAAGGAACCACCACAAAUCUUGAAAACAACUUUGAUUUGAGUAAUGGAACAACGCCAAAUUGGACACUCAAGAUUGAUGGUCGCUUGUUAGAAUCCGAGAGUGAACAUCAGCAAUCACAACAACCGACCCCAAAACUUACAUCAUUUUUCCGUGCCAUUACGGUCGAACUAGAUAGAGAUAUAAACUUAUACCCGGAGGGAAAUAUCGUUGAAUGGCAAAAGCAACCUAAUUCACCUGAUUUUGAUACCAUCGAAAUCAAACGAAAAGGAGAUAUUAAUGUUAACGCCAAAAUCACAAUACAUCUUGACAGCAAUCCGCAAAAAUUCAAAUUAAGCCCUGCCUUAGCAGACCUUUUGGAUAUCAGAGUAGGAACAAAGCCAGAAAUUGUUAUGGGCAUUUGGAAUUAUUGCAAGAACCAUAAACUGCAGGAUGCUGAGGAUAAAAGGCUCAUCCGAUGUGAUAAUCGUUUAGCUCAGUUAUUCGGUUUUCCUCAAUUACAUUUUGGCCAAUUACCAGAAUUAAUCACACAGCAUUUAAAUAGACUCGAUCCUAUUGUCAUUGAAUACAUGAUUCGAGUUGAUAAGCCAUUUCAUCAAUCAUCUAAAGCUUUCGAUGUUGAUGUAGAACUUGACAGCGAUGUACGUCAGAGAAUGAUCAACAUUAUCUCAGCUAAUCAAAUACAAAAAGAGAUUAUGGGCUUCGACGAUAAAAUUGUACAGUGUGUUCAAAGUAUUAACAACAGCAAAAUCAAGCGCGACUUUUUGUUACAAUUCUCGAAAUCACCUGUUGAUUUUAUUAAUAAAUGGAUUGCUAGUCAAGCUAGAGAUUUGGAAACACAGCAACGCAUGCAAGAAUUGCUAGGAUUUCAACCACAAUAA